AUUAUUAUUAUUAUGAAAGCUAAACACUAACUAAUUAUUUCUGCACCCAUUUACUAAAAAAGAGAUAAUGGACAGAUGGAUGUACCUUAUUGAUCCCUGAGGGGAAAUACAUUAUGAAAUCUAGCAAUAUUCUCCUAAACAACAACAACAAAGCAGGUGAUCAUGUCAGAACCGGUCAAGUGAACGAAAAGUGUUUCUUCCUGCCAUCUUUGCACACUUGCCUCGAAAAGGUGAUCCAAAGGAAUCCACUCCAGACUUUUCCAGUCUGAUAUUUUAUAUUUUUGUUAUAAAAACGUAUUUAGAAUGUACAAAAUAGUUUACCAGUCACGUGCUGAUUUGCAUCACACAACAACCUAUUCCUGUGCGUCCAUUACAGUGUAGGGUAUAUUAGGAAAUAAACAGUUUAUCGCUUAAUACAGAGAUAUUUCAAACCACAUUGUGGACUUGAACCUGAAAAAUGAAAAAUAUAACACACUUUAUUAGAGUUGGCACUGAUCCAAUAUCCAGAUAUUGGAGAAAAAGAAUGAAUCUUUGACCCUCUCUCCAAACUAGAUUUACAGACUCAACUAUAGGUGAUGUUUUUUAUUUACACACACACAGUAUAUUACAUGCAUGGCUCCUACAGUUGUGUUUUUAGUGAUCCUGUAUUUUGUUUGAGUUCAUUAGUUUGAAAUCAUUUUAAAGCCAAGUAGUUUGUAAAAAAAAAAAAAAAUCAUGUUUAUGGGUACCAGUAUCGCAGAUAUUCAAGGUUUUCAGUAUCAGCAUCGGAGAAGAAAAAUGUCUACUAUUUAUGUGUGGUGUAAUUACCAGAGUACAUAAAUGUUUAAAAAUUAUGCAUUACUAUCAAUAACUGCCAAUGUCUUUGUGCAUACAGUACUAAAGAAAUUUAUUAGGAAAUAAAUGUCCAGUUGCUAAAUCCCUUGGGACUGUUGACGAAGGCAGCAUUACUGUCAAUAUUACAGUGACUCAAUGUACUUCUUCUUUUUCUGAAUCAUUAAUCAUAACAGUAGGAUCUAUUUAGUGAACCAUUUAAAUAUUAAGCAAAUCCUAAAGCACCAUGUAUAUACAGUAUAUCUCUGUCAAGGUGUGUUCUCUUUGCUGUGCAUUAUCUGUUCAGGUGAUUGAUCGCAGUUACAUGUAGGAUUCUAGUAUUGUUAUUAUAGUGUAGUGUCAUCACCAACAAUUGUUUCAUUUGCAAUGUGAUUUGCUGCUUGGUGACACCCCAUUAGAUUGUUUACCGGCUCUGUGGAUGGAUUAGGUUCUACAUCAUUAAUCAUGUUCAGUAAAAGAGUAUGCUAAUUAUAUCCAGCUACACUUACAGUUGCACUAUUGUACACUAAAGUGAUCGAAAAUUAAAUAAUAUUGAAAAAAGUAUGAAUGACAUAAUUGACUAAUCUAAGGGAUCUACAAGUAAAAAAUAUUUAAUGGCUAUUAUAAUGUUUAUUUCACAAUCUAACAAACUUACAUUAUUUGGGUCCAAGGACUUUUAGAAAGUAAUAAAACACUCUGUCGUGCUGUUUUAGGGUUAAAUACACUUACACAAUACUGUCCUUUUAAAAACAUUCCAGGGUGUGAGAAAGACAUGUGUUAUGUCUUUAUGUACUUAAUAAUGAACACUCCCUGUAUAAUGAAAGACAAUAUAAUGUAUGUAAUAACUAUAAUUAAAUAUAUAAUAAUAAUUAGAAAAUUUAAUGAGUAAUACUUAUUACGUUUAUAAAUGAUUGAUGAUAAUUCAUUACAAAAAAAACUGUAGUGUACAAUGGUUUAAAAUUUUGCACAUUUUUAGAACAGCCCUGAUUAUUCAAAAUGUAGCUACCCAAAAAGGAAAUUAGGUUUUGUAGUGGCUACUCAAUUGAGUGAUUGAGCGCAUUAUUGUUAACACAAUAACUUAUCCAACCUAUCGGGACACUUAACAGGAAAUGCUUUACCCAUAAUUCCAAAACAUGCUCCCUGGCUUAGUUUCUUUAGUUAUUCAGAAGCGAGUUUAACAAUAGCCUUUGCAUAGGUCCCAUUGUUCAGAUAUCAUCUUGCAGUGAACUUUUAAUUACGGUAACCAAUGCGGAUUAGUAGAAAAACUACAGCUUACAACCACAGGAAUGUCACACUACCAGAGUUUCAGGACGGCAAGGCUGUGAUUGGAAGUUUAACUCUCAGACGUCAUAUAAGAUGAAGCAACCAAAGUUUCCAACCUGUUUUCAAUUCACACAUCACUGGUGAUGAGUAAUUAUUUCUCAUUACAGCUGAUGUUUCUUAUAUGACCAAUCAUUAGCUAGAUACAUUGCAUACUGUUACACCCUGUGGCCUGCAGGCACUUAAAUGCAAAUUGUGUUGAUACUAUGAAGGUAGUUAUAUCAUACACUUUUUAUCAAACUGUCGAUCAAAUUGAUUGAUGAUAUCACCCUCUAUGUUCCCCUGACUGACAGUUCUGUAGUUGCACCUAAUUUAUGACCAGGGUUGGUGGGGGUUAUCCCUAAGUAUGUGGGUGUGUGUGCUACUGGACGUUGUGAGUGUGUGUGAGAGCGAGAUAAUGGGUAUGUGUUUCAUGGGUUUGUUAAUCAGAAAAUGCUUAGGAGAUGUUUUUGUUAAAGAGUUUGGUGUGAACCGUGCUUUUUACAGUUUUAACCCACACACAAUGUAUACAUUUUGUGGUAUAAGUGAUUAUUUGUUUCUGAAAUUGCUUUUUGUGGCAACAUCAUGGAGGAUUCACAGUCAAGGAUGAACCUCCAGAUCAAAUCGUCACUAGGAGCGCUCUUCACCCACCAGCAGUAUUAGUGUGAAAGAAAAUUAGAUCUUCUGACCAUGCGUAACAGGCUCUUGGACUUGUUCCUGGUCAAUGUGUUGACGUGGGGGCUGGAGAUAUGCAUGGCCACCAGCACCAUCUACAUUCCCCCCAUGCUCCUGGAGGCCGGAGUGCAGGAACGCUUCAUGACCAUGGUGCUUGGUGUGGGCCCUGUACUGGGGUUAAUAUUUGUCCCUCCGCUCGGUUCAGCAAGUGACAGAUGGAAGAGUCGUUAUGGGCGCCGGCGCCCCUUCAUCUGGCCCCUGUGUGUUGGUGUGCUGCUUGGACUUGUGGUUAUUCCUCGUGCUUCCCAGAUCGCCUCUCUGUCCUCCGAACAGCAUCAGCAUUGGUUGGAGGUUCUGCUGUUGGUGUUGUCCAUCUGCGUAUUGCAGUUCUGCGGUCAGGCCUGCUUCACCCCUCUGGAGGCGCUGGUGUCUGAUCUCUACCCUGGAGAAGAGGAGAGCCGUCAGGCGUUCUCCAUCUACUCCAUCAUGCUCAGCCUGGGAGGAUGCAUCGGGUAUCUGCUCCCAGCCGUGGACUGGACAGGUCUGGAUGCAUCCUCUUUCCUGGGAGGCCAGGAGGCCUUCAUCUAUGCUCUCCUCACUGGACUCUUCCUUAUGUGCCUCCUGACAACAACCUUGAUCUCAGAGGAGCAGACGGCCGAGGCAGUGACAGAGUCAUCCAGGAGAUCUCAGAACUUCUACGGCAUGUGCUGCUGGCCAUUUGGGUUGCUCUCCAGGGCGCAGACGCUGAAGCGUACCAUAGUUAGCCUGUUCGCAGUCAUGCCCAGACUCCGGUCACUGUGCAGCCACAUUCCCAGAGUGAUUGCUAGGCUGUUUGUGGCCGAGCUGUGCAGCUGGAUGGCUCUGAUGACAUUUGUGCUCUUUUAUACGGACUUCAUGGGGGAGGGAUUGUAUGACGGCGUGCCCAGCGCUAAACCAGGCUCUCCAGAGAGACUUCGCUACGAGGAUGGUGUGCGCGUGGCCAGUUUCGGCCUGUUCCUGCAGUGUGUGACCUCGGUGACCUUCUCGAUACUGAUGGAGCGGAUGGUGGCGUGUGUUGGUGCACGUGUACUCUAUCUGAGUAGCUUGGCACUGCUGGCAUUGAGCACGGCCGUAAUGACAGUCUCUAAGAAUGUCAUCCUGGUGACCGCGAUGGCUGCAGCGACGGGUUACACCUUCUGUACUCUGCAGAUCCUGCCGUACACACUCGCCUGUCUUUACCACUCAGACAAGCAGGUGUUCUUUUCCAGCAGUAGACCCAAACACCCGUCCAGCAGGUGUGACCUGGUUGGAUCAGCUCAUAAGCAAAUUUCUGCCAUGUACCGGAGCCCAAACGGGUGUUUGAAUGGCCAUGCUGCAGUACCCUCCACAACCAAACCCGCUGUUUCCUCGUCACUUAAAUCCCAUGUUUCCCUGGACAUGAACACAUCGCCAGGUUCCUACCAGUCUCAGAGAGGGAUGUGUCUGGACAUCGCCAUCCUGGACAGUGCAUAUUUCCUGUCGCAGGUCAUACCAUCACUCUUCAUGGGCUCCAUCGUGCAGCUUUUCAGCAGCGUCACUGCCUACAUGGUGUGCGCAUCGGUCCUCAGCCUGCUAGCCAUUGUCUUUUCCGGCAGGAUCAUCUUCACCAGGCAGGAAAUGGAAAUGCUAAAGUGACUCAUCUUUAGACUGACAGUGUCUAUAGCAUUUAAUGCUGUAAAUAUAUAUCAUAUCAAGUGCAUUCUGGAUCAACAGAGCAUUAUGUUUUCAAGUGCCUUAAAUGUACAAAUGAACACAGGCACCAUGACUUAGAGGUGUGCAUUUGGUAUUUUAAUUCCACUCCCAAAGGAAUUCUGACCAAUCUCACCCACUCCCAAAGGAAUUCUGACCAAUCCUGCCCACUCCCAAAGGAAUUCUGACCAAUCCUGCCCACUCCCAAAGGAAUUCUGACCAAUCCUGCCCACUCGCAAAGGAAUUCUGACUAAUCUUGCCCACUCCCGGUGGAAUUCAUAUGAAUCUCUCCCGCUGACACAAUUCUGUCCAAUCCUGCCAGCUCCCAAAGGAAAUCUGACCAAUUUUGCCCACUCCUGAAGGAAUUCCAACAAAUCUCCCCCACGCCCAAUAGAUUUCUUAACAAUCUUGCCCACUCCUGAAGGAAUUCGGACAGAUUCAAAUUUGUUUAUCUAUCUGAUCAUAGGUGAACUAAGUCAGACCAUUACAGCUAACAAACGAGCAGGAAAAAAGUGUCAGAACACCAUUUUUACACCAUAAUAGAAGUAACGCAUGUUUGAAUUCUAGUGAAAUGUGAUCCUUUUUCCGUUGGUUUUUUUUUUUUUUUGUCGUCUGAAAAAAUCAACGAUACAGGAAAUGUAUUUUUUUUUGUGCAAAACUGCAAAUGUGAUCACACAUUGUGUAAAUAUUGCUCACAUGAGCAUGAACACGAGACUGAAGGAUUCAUACUUCUCUCUCAAAAUCUCACACUUGGUUUUCACACUCCAUAUCCUCUCACUCACUAAAUGUGUAAUGUGUAAAAAUAUAAAUUCAAUACACAUGUUUCAUUUGUUAGUACACAUCUGUUUUACUACAUCUGGUUUCAUCACCAUGCUACAUAGAUGCUAUUGCUUAUUGUCUCAUGCUAGUUAGAGAAAGGAUUGUAGCAAUUUAUGUUCACACUAGCAAGAGACAAGUGUGACUUGUAGUGCCACUUGUAGUUUGUCUCUUGUGGUCAUGUAGUGACUGCUGUUGUUAUGUGGGCAUUUCUUCAUUCUGAUGAGAAACAAUAGUAGCUGUAUAAGCUAACUAGUUAAACACAAAUUAACUAAUGCACAAAUUGAUGUGAAAAUUGGUUAUUUUUUAAUACGUUAUGUCUUAGGCUUCACUGGCAGAUUAACAAAGCCAGUUAACUGUACUAGCUAUGUACACACACUAGAGACACCACUGAUCUCUGCUACUUCCUUCCAAGGGUAGGAGCUUGGAAGUGUAAUGAAGUCGUUUGCUAUUGUGAAUGUAGUGUUAUUGAUUUAUUGAUGGUUUGAGUUCAUUUAAGACACUUUCAUAACUUAUUUGAAUGUAUAAUGUAUUUAUUUGGCUUUUCUUAAUCAUAGACUCAGAGAAUAUUAUUGUCAGAGAAUAUUUGUAGAGGUGACUGAUUCUUUGUUUUAUGUUGAGACUGGAAGAUGUAUUGAAGAGAUUUUGUUCUGGUAUUUCUGCUUUUUGUGAAUAAUCCUUUUCCCAUGUUGUACAUAAGACACUGGUUCUUAAAUUGGGAUCCAUGAUUUCUUUCAUUUUAUUAAAAUGGUGGAAAUCACAAUGCAGCUUUAUCAAAGUUAUUACUGUUUUUCUUUUCACUGAUCACUUGAAUUGAACAGGUUUAAUUCAAACCUGAAUAGCUCCAACAUGUCGACCUAUAAGUAAUAUCAACUUGGAUGUAAUGUGGUCUCUUGGUGGAACAUUCAGAUAUUUAAAAAAGCUCCAUUGCUCCAGUGAAGAGCAAAAAUAUUAAAUAAUAUGCUUAAUAUUUCAAUAAUUCACUCCCCAAUCAUAAUACAUAUGCGUCCAGACUUGUUCUACUCGUGACUUUUAAAGUAAAAAUUUGAUGUUUCCCAAUAUGGCGGCGCUCACAGAUAUUUGAUUAGCAUGCUAUGCUAACCAUAAUUACAGUGAUAAUGCUCACUGAGACCUUUUUCUGGGAAAUUUACAAACAUAUCUGAGGGAAACGUUGACGUUCCUCACACUUUUGUGUUGUUUAUACUGCCAUGCUUUCUUUAUGUUGUCUGUAGAAGACUCUUCUACAAACUGGGUAGCGAAAUAAAGGCCUUGUGCUUGGUGUUCAUGUUC